AUGACGGAACAUAUUGAAAAGCCUAUUACGCUGGCGAGCGGCCUCACGCUGCCGAAUCGCCUGGUGAACGCGGCCAUGGCUGAGAACCUUGCCGAUAAGAACAGUCUUCCCAAUCAAAAGUUCCGGGCUCCUUACAAAGUAUGGGCCAAGGGGGGCUGGGGAAUGGUUUUGACAGGCAACGUGGAGGUCGACAAAAGGUAUCUUGGUUCCCCUGGGGAUAUCGCUUUCAAUGAUGAGAUUCCAUAUGAAGAGAUGCUGGCCGCCUGGCGAACCUGGGCCGAGGCCUGCAACGCCGAGGGCACGCCGACCUUGGUCCAGAUCAACCACCCGGGCCGUCAGUCGCCCAUGGGCGCCGGCAGCCGUGGCAUGUUUGCCAAGAACCUGGCCCCCAGCGCCGUACCGCUCAACUUUGGCAGCGGAAUUCUACCCAAGCUCAUCUCGUCGCUCAUGUUUGGCACGCCCAAGGAGAUGACGCAGGCUGAUAUCGACGACGUCGUCCGGCGCUUUGCCGCGACGGCCAAGCUCUCCGCCGAGGCCGGUUUUGCUGGUGCCGAGAUCCACGCCGCUCACGGCUAUCUGCUCGCCCAAUUUCUGUCGGAAAAGUCCAACAAGCGUACUGACGCGUACGGCGGCUCCCCCGUCGCCCGUGCCAAGAUCGUGGUUGAGGUGAUCAAGGCUAUGCGGGAAGCCACCCCCAAGGGAUUCACUGUCGGCAUCAAGCUCAACUCGGCUGACCACCAGUCGUCCGAGGAGCUCGCAGCCUGCCUUGAGCAGCUAAAGGCCAUUACUGCGGCUGGCGUCGACUUUAUCGAGAUCAGCGGUGGCUCAUACGAGAGCCCGACGAUGAACACUGGCCCGGACAGCGAGGAAAACACCAAGUCGGCGCGGACCAAGGCCCGCGAGGCCUUCUUCCUCGAGUUUGCACAGGCCAUCCGCAAGGACGUGCCCGACGUGCCGCUGAUGGUGACUGGCGGCUUCCGUACGAGACAGGGUCUGGAGGCGGCCCUGCGCGACGGCGGUUGCGACCUCGUCGGCCUCGGCAGACCGGCCUGUGUCAAGCCUCUGCUGCCCAAGGAGGUGAUUUUGAACAAGGAAGUCAAGGACGAAGACGCCGUGUUCCACGUCAAGAGGAUCCAGCCACCGUGGAUCGCGACCAAGCUCGGUAUCAAGAUUAUCGGAGCUGCAGGUGACAGCGCCCAUUACCAGAGCCAACUGCAAAAGAUUGGCCAGUAA